CUGGUAUUUGCGUGGAUUUUAUUUGAAGGCGGUUGGUCCGACGCUGCACUCCCUCCGACAGCUCGGGUCCACACGAGUCAGCUACACUUCACAACAUAACUUCUGGUCCCGCCGUCCCUUUUUCUUGGGUGUAGUUCUCACUACACAGGCUUCCCAACAGUCUCACUUCAGCUUGCACACGGCCCAGUCCGGUUCUACCUCUUUUUUUUCUCGGUCGUGAGAACCGCCUCAGUCCUUUCGGAGUUCCAUCCUACCCGCGAGAACACGCUGGUUCGAAUCCUGUAGUAGUACAACAUGGCUACGAAGUUAUACUUUGGCAACUUGAGCCCAGAUAUCACUCUGGACAUGCUCAAAAACCUGCUCCUCGAGUACGACGUGCCUAUCGUGCCCGACACCGUGCAACUGAAGAAUCACUUCGCCUUCGUGGAAGUUCAGGACAACGCUACAGCCGAGGAAACCAUCCGCAAGCUCCACGGUUACAACUUCCAUGGGUCAGUGAUGACGGUGGAACAUUCAGUUCAGCGUAAUCGUGGCAGAAGCCGCACAACCAAAGUGUCAAUCAGCAACAUCCCCAAUCAGGCUACCGACGAGGAUAUCAGACACUUGGCUGCAACUUUCGGUACCAUCAAGGAAUGCCAUACACACGAAAUGAACGAAACCAAAACUGCCAACGUCACCUACGAAGCCCCAGAACAAGCAGCACAGGCUGUGAAUCACCUCCGUGGCCACAAGUACUGUGAAGGGUCGUACCUGGAUGUGAACUAUGUGAACGAAAAUGGAGGACGCAACUACUACCGCAACAGAUACAACCCCGGAGGCGGUAACCAAGGAUACGGUGGUUACGGGAACCGCAUCCAGGGCCAAAGCCAGGACUUCCCUCUCAGAAUGCUCGUUCCCAAUGUCAUGGUUGGUGCCAUCAUUGGGAAGGGGGGACAAACCAUCAGGACCAUCACUGGAGCCACCAAAGCCAAAGUUGACGUCCACCGUAAGGAGAACAUGGGCCAGGAGAAGCCGAUCACCAUCUACGGCAGCCCCGAGGCCUGCUCCGAGGCCUGCAGGAAGAUUCUGGAGAUCAUGCAGCAGGAGUCCAACGCCACUACUGCCCAGAGCACUGAUGACGAGAGGUCCGACCCCCCUUCCAGCGAGGACGUCCCGCUCAAACUCCUCGCCCACAACUCGCUCGUGGGCCGUCUGAUCGGCAAGGCUGGCGUCACUCUCAAGAAAAUCAUGCAGGACUCCAACACACGUAUUAGUAUUUCCAACAUGCAGGAGCUGACUCUGUACAACUGGGAGAGGACCGUGACCAUCUCUGGCGAAGUGAACGCCCAGUGCAAGGCCGAGAAGUUCAUCAUGCAGAAGCUCCGUGCUAGCUAUGAAGCCGACAUGCAGAACAUCACGCAACACCAGAGCAUGUUCCCUGGGCUGAACCCCAUGGCGAUGUUAUCAGGCCUGCUUCCCGGGCUGCCCAAUCCAAACUCCCGUGGUAACCCUUACAAUGGACCAAUGACGGAGCCCAAUGCCAUGCCAGGCAACCCUGCCAUGUUCCCUGGCAUCCUGCCCCCAGCGGCCGCCGCCCUUGCCAUGCAACAGCAGAUGCAGCAGCCCCAGCCCUCGGAGAAGUCGGACCUGUGGGUACCGGGCGGCGUGGUGGGCGCACUGAUCGGACCGGGCGGUCAGAACAUCCGCUCGGCGUCCAGGCAGGCCAACGCCACCAUCAAGAUCGCACCGGCAGACCAGAGCGCUCAGGGGCAGGGCGAACGCAAAGUGUCCAUCACCGGAUCUCCUGACGCCCAGUGGAAGGUACAAUGGUGGGUCUUCACCAAAGUCGGACAGGAGGCAUAUGCAGGCAACGAUGUGGUAGAGGGGUACACAGGGAACAACGUGGUCCUGCGUGCAGAAAUCCCUGUGCCAUCCAACAUGGUCGGACGCAUCAUCGGCAAGAGAGGAGCCUCUGUUCAGGGUCUACAAAAAAAUACCAGCGCAAGAAUCGAAGUUCCACGCAACAAGCAGGGGGAUGAAAACGGAGAGGUGCCCGUCACCAUUGUAGGAAACUUCUAUGCUGUUCAGUCUGCACAGCGACAGAUCCGUAAAUUGGUCACACAAGCCCAACAGCAACAGCAAGGUCAGGGUCCCAUGCAGCGGCGCCAGCCCGGCCCACCCAAGCAUGUCAACAUGCAGUAGCCCGCCACAACAACGCACCCCCCACAUGGCAACCACCACGGAGCAACGUCACCCAAUGUCCGACCCCUGACCCCAGUACCAAAGACUGACAAAGGAUGAGAAGCAUUGUUUUGCUUGUUUACCUCACAUGUUUCGAGAAAAAAAAAGUUAAGUCCUGAUAAAAAAAAACCCCUGAUGGUAUUAGUUUGACUCUUGUUGUACACGGUACGUAUGUUGAGUUCUACCAUGCUUGCUCUCUGUAAAAAACAAAAAAGGGGAUUCGGUUUCCACUCACCUGUUUUUGCAAAGGGGACAUGUAAAUAAGGCAUCGCUGAUUUUGUGACUUUAGCUGCAAGCCAAGAAAGCGCUGUAUAUGCCGCUUGAGUCUAGCUUUAGGUACUUGACCACCCCCACAAUUCUAACUUGGCACAGCCCAGAUGUAUUAUAAUGAAUAGAAGAGUCCAUAUUUGGGCUGUGCCACGUAGGGAUGGGGAUGAUCAAGCUAUAGAUUGCUGCGCUUGUUUCUAUUGAAAAGAAUUGUCUGGCUGGUAAAUAAUUAACUGUUUGAAGAGGUGGGGUAGAACAUAUGUUAGGAAAAAGCAAAGAUUAAAAAAGUUCUGUCGGAGAUGAUUUUGCAAUGAAAUGAAUUUGUAAGUUGGCCAGUUUGAAAAACGAGGGACGGUAAUGAGAUGAAAUGAAAGAACUAUUGUAUAAAAUGCUACCUCAGGAGGGGUACCCGCGUACCUCAGCUAUUUUUCUGUUUAAAAUCAUUUGUGUAUUUUUAUUUCAAGAGAAAAAGUUUUUGUAUUUUUUCUAUGCUAGGAGAGACGAAAAAGAAUGUAGAGUCAAGCCUUUUUAUAUGAAAAAAAUUGUAUAAAAAAAAUUGGGGCAUCCGCUGGCAGCAUGUAAAGGAGAGAGAUUGUAUAUUGAAAUUCGCUGCCAGUGAGUUGUCGGUAAAUGUAAAUGUAAAAAUGCCUUAUGAUGCCAAAAAUGUGCUGAGUUCUAGAAAUACGCAACAACGCAUUAAGGCUAAAAACCAUCAUACCAUCGGACACGAAGACCAGUUCUGUUCCAACGACAACCUGCGAUGCCAUUUUACCAUGUCAGAUUCGAAAGACCCAAAGUAAAGCUUGAACUGGAGUUGACCGGCUGUGUGUUGCCACGGUCUGUCGCUGGGGCUAGCGUGGAAUUUAAAAAAAGAUCAGAUCGGAAUGCUAGCCCGAAAACGUACUCCCUGGAAAGAUGAGAGCAACUUACAAAUUUAUUGGUAGGUCUAUGUUCUUCACAGUUAUAGCCAUUAACUUCGAAGUUGAGACAAAAAAGUAAAAAAAAAAAUAUAAAAAAAAAGCAACACCAAUAUUCAUCUCUCCGGGUCCCCCCUGUACGGAUGUUAAGUGAACUAUUCCAGUGGGAUGUUGUUGUGAUUCCAUUGGAAUAUUACAUCCAGAAAUGGGGGUGCAGGCCUGUGGCCUCCCUGGAGGGACAACAAAACCCCAUAACAGUGGCAAAAGUAUAGUUGGAAAAGGUUGAGGCAGGAAAACAUGAUCGCAGCACAUUACACUUACUAAAGGAGGAGAGAAAGUCGAUAUUUUUCCUUUGUUGUACAGCAGUAAAAAAAAAUCACAGCCGUAUGUACCACCACCAAUACAUCGUAGUUUCUGCAGGGUUGUGUACGCGUGGAAAAUACUAAAAAGAUGUGGCCCAAGCCCUGUAUUUAAACCCCUUGGAGUCGUGGAGUUAUAAAGGAUCGCUGUGCAAUCAAAGGUAGGUGACUGUCUGAGCCAAGCACCUCUCAACAAAACUGGAUACUCACUGUUUGGGACGUUUUGAGAUUUUUCUCUUUUUUUUUCCUUUCCUUUCUGUUGAACCAAUUUGGUUUUACAUCUAUAUAAUACUUAUAUUGUGUAGUAUUGCCAAUGUAGUAGAUGACAUUACUAAGCAGAAUACGAUGAAAUGACAAAAUGAAUUGACAACUCACCUAGUAGGAAAAAAGGUAGAAACACUGAGUGGAAAGAUGAUUUGAAGUUUUGAUUCUGGAAGGGAAAGAUAGAAACUGAUUUAACUGUUGUUUCCAAGAUGUAGUACAAUUAACUUUAAUUUUUUUUUUCUUCAGUUUACUUUUUCGAUUAUUUCCAAUUUAUGCUUAGGGAAGUUGUAGUUUUUGCAACUAUAUUCAUGAGCCUGUAUUCCCAGCUCACUCUAGACAGAUAACGGAAACAACUGAACAUUAUAUCGAUACAUAAUAUAGAAACAUAAUGCUAGUGAUGUUAUAAUUAACUGUGGUUGGUUGCCAGUGGUGUUAGUCUUGAAAGAAAGAAGUUCUCAAAAAGAAAAUGAAAAAGCUUCGCCCCGAGGCGUAGCCAAAAAAGGGUACUGGUGGUUAUGUUGAACAGUGGAAAUUUUGGACGGUUACAUGUUAACGAAAACAGGCGAGGAAACGGAUUCGAUAUCGUGAAUACAGGACAUACAUAAAACUGGAGAGAAAUACACCCAAAUACAAGCGAUGUUCUUUUCCCUGUGUGGGAUACAUACUACAACACUUAGUACAAUGUUAGGGGUUUGAAUUUUGCGAGAACUGUUAACCCAACUGUCGUUCUAGUGGAGUUUUACACGUAUUACUGUAACUGGGAUUCAGGCCAAGUAGUACCUAUAUUUACAGUAGACUGCACAUAUUGUAUCUAUCGUAACUGUUAGAGCACUCGAAAUAAAACUUGUUGGUUUACCCCUAUAGAUGAGCAAUACACCCCUCGAUAACCUCUGCCCACCACAACUUCAAAGCCUCAAAGUCUGGAUAAAAUGAAAAUAACGAAAAGCUCCAUUACCACCCUUUCUUUACGGGAACACAAAAGACAGUUUCACAGAAAACAAACAAAAAAGUAACAUUCAGGUUGUUUGAACUCAUAUUUGCAAGUGGAUAGCCUGCAUUUUUGUUCUUUUGGCACUUUUCGGAAAUUUUAUUUCAUGAUGUAUUCAGAACAUGACAACUCCAAACGAAAUGGGACACUUUUGCUUUGCAGUGGUGUUUUCAAUGCGACAUCUUUCUUGUAGAAAAAGAAGAUAAAAGAAGAAAGUUUACUUUGACAAAACAGUCCCAGUAACAACCAUUGAGUUGGUCCUUGCAGGGGUAAUUGCAGCAUCUUAUGGGAAAGAGUUAAUUGAAGCGAAACAAAAAAAAUCCUCGUACGUAAGAGUUUUGAGUAGCACAGUACACAACCCUUUACUGCCAACGUGAACUGUUUUCUGACAAUGCUUGGCUCAUGUAGGAUAGCUGUAGACUCCUUGUACAAGUCAGAACCUUGUGAUUCUACCUGUGAAAAUUUACCUGUUCACCCCUCUUCUCUAAUGGUACAUUCCAACAUGCAACACGUUACUGGAGUUUUGGAACUGACCAUUUCACACGUAGGGGACUUGACAGAACCUUUUUCGCAGUCUAGAGAAGAAACAUUUGUGAUGACCUAACUGUACUUUUGUUCACCCUGGAAAACUAUGAAGUGACGGCGCAUCUCACUGUAUUGGCGUAUGUACCAUCCCGUUUGCAAUACCAUGUUUUCCAUUUUUUCUACUAUGGAAAUAAAUUAUU